CCUGUCGGGAGACAGACUGCGCCAGCCAUCCUGAAGCUACGGGUGCCUUCUCCUAGCCUCCCCAAUGGAUUUCAGCCGCAGAAGCGUCCACAGAAGCCUGAGUUCCUCCUCACAAGGCCCUGCGGUCAUCAUGAGCAGCUCCAUUUAUAGGAAGGGGGGCCGGCAGCGCCUGGGGGCUGCACCUAGUGUUUACGGGGGCGCUGGAGGCUAUGGCACCCGGAUCUCAACCGCCAGUUCUGCACUGAGCUAUGGAAACAGUCUUGGUGGUGGCAGCGAUCUGUUCCCUGGCAGCGAAAAAAUGGCCAUGCAGAACCUAAAUGACCGCCUAGCCAGCUACCUAGACAAAGUGCGUUCCCUGGAGCAGUCCAACACCAAACUUGAAGCCCUGAUCAAGCAGUGGUACGAAGCCAACACACCCAGUGGCAUUCGGGACUUCAGUGCCUACUACCAGCAAAUCGAAGAGCUGCAGAACCAGAUUAAGAAUGCGCAAUUGGAAAACUCCCGGUGUACCCUGCAAAUUGACAAUGCCAAACUGGCCGCUGAGGACUUUAGACUGAAGUUUGAGACCGAGAGGGGGCUACGCCUAGCAGUGGAGGCCGACCUUCAAGGUUUGCGUAAGAUUCUUGGUGAACUAACCCUACAGAGAUCUGACUUGGAGAUUCAAAUUGAAGAACUGAAUAAAGAGCUGGAUCUCCUCAAGAGAGAGCAUGAGGAGGAAGUUGAUGUCCUUCGCCGGCAACUAGGCAACACUGUGAAUGUGGAGGUGGAUGCGGCUCCAGGCCUGAACCUCGGGGAAAUCAUGAGUGAAAUGAGACAGAAAUACGAAGUCCUGGCCCAGAAGAACCUUCAAGAGGCCAAGGAACAGUUUGAGCGACAGACAGAAACUCUGCAGCAGCAAGUCACGGUGGAUACUCAGGAGUUAAAAGGAAUUGAGGCCCAAGUGACGGAGCUGAAACGCACCCAGCAGAUCCUGGAGAUAGACCUCCAAUCCCAACUCAGCAUGAAAGAAUCUUUGGAGCGCACCCUGGAGGAGACCGAAGCUCGUUACCGUAACCAGUUGGCCACUCUCCAGGGCAUGCUAGGCUCUCUGGAGGCCCAGCUGGUGCAGGUGCGGAGUGACACAGAACGCCAGAACAAUGAAUACAACGCCCUUCUGGACAUUAAGACCCGGCUGGAGCAGGAAAUUGCUACUUACCGCCGCCUUCUGGAAGGAGACGAUGCAAACAUAGUGGAAGAGAGAGGUAAGUGGUCCAAAUGUUUGCACAUUUUCUGUAUCACUGGAAUCUCAAGUGGCUUUCCGUGAGCCAUCCCUGGUGGA